GGGCAUGCCAUAGCUUAGGCCUUAAAUCACGGCACAAGAGCUUUCCACCGGUACCGCCGCCCAUUCCAUGUGCGUCAUUUACUUGCGUCCCCUUCCAGCUUAACUGCCUCCAUAUCCCUCGUCUCUACCCUCUGCCUUGCAGCACCAUUCCGUCGUCGCCUUCUUCCCCACAUCAUCAUCGUCGCCCCUCCACAGACGCCGGGAGACCGACUCGCCGGCGAUGGAUCCCCCGCCCGCUCAGUCCAUGUCUGCGACCGACGACCUGCACGACAAGAGCCUCGACGGAUGCUGUUCUUGCUGCUACGACUGCUGCUCCAGCAUCCUGGACUUCCUGUGCUGCGCUUGAUGCUGCUCCUCCUGCCGUUCGCCGGCUUCCGGCGGAAGCGCGUGGAGAUGCCUGAGUUAUUUCGGAGUACUGUAGUCAUUGGGUGAUAAGUAUAUUUUAUAUAGUCUGUAAGGAGAUUUAUGGAUGGAUCAACUGCUGUAAUGUGUUGUCUUAUCUUCCGCUAAAGUAGUCGUGCAAAGAAAUUUACAGAAAUUCUGUUUUGCGUA